GUUGACCUGCAAUGAUCAUGUUGAACCUUUUCACACGGUGUGGUUUGUAGUCAUGGCUGGUGUUGACCACGCCUACCAGUAUUCAGUCGAGGUGAAGAGCAGGUUCUCACUAUUUCUGGAUGAUACCUUGAAUAGUGAGGACCCGGAUAUCCUGCUAUCCAAAAUACAAACCAAACGAGCAGAGAAAACUAAGAAGGAGAAGUCUCAUGCUCAGCCGCAGCAACAACAGCAGACUACACCUGCCAAGGUUGAAACGGUAGUCAAGAACGAGGCGAGAGCUGAUACAACAGUCCCGAAAGCUGCCCCUCGACCUCCAAAGUCUCCAAGUGCCACAGAUCUACCACCGGUGUCAUCAGAGGAUGCACAGAACUUCGCAGUGAAGGAGACAGAGGAACCGACCAGUACUUUCGUUCGUGGCCGCGGAUCAGGCAGAGGAGCGUUGCGCGGGAUGCGUGGAGGCAGAGGUCAGGGUCCACGGAUGGCUCCAACGGAGUCACCCCUUGACUUGGCAGGCGAUGUGAAUGCGCCCAGAGGGUCUGGUUUCGAAUCAAGAGGACGUGGAAGAGGCCGAGGAAGGGGAACGUUUGGUCGCGGACGUGGUAUGCCGUUCAACUCAAAUCGGGAUUUUGACCAUCAGAGUGGUCCUGAUCGCCAAGGUCCGAGACAAUAUGGUAGGAGAGAUGGAAACUGGAACCCACAGGAUGUGGAUGCUCAGGCAGCACCCGAGAGUGGUGAUACAGAACAAGUUGUACGCUGGGAAGAGAACCAUACUGAGGCAGACGAACAGUUGGUUAGUGCCCCAGAGGAGACUGAAGAGACGACGGACGGCGUUGUGGAAACACCUGUUGAAGAGGAACCUAAAAGCUACACGCUGGAAGAGUACAAGGCUAUGCGUCAGUCUGCUAAACCGGCGGUUAUCAUAAACAACAAGAAUCUCCGCAAGGCCAAUGAUGGCAAAGAUGUGUUUGCAAACAUGGUGGCUCACAGGAAAGUACAGGAGGUUCAUGAAGAUGGUGAUGAGGUCGAAGAGAAGGAGAACGAGCCUGAGGCACAACAGCCGAUAGAUAUUGACUUCUCGUUCACAGACGAGUUUGGAGGUCGUAGAAGAGGCGGUCGAGGAUUUGAGAAUAGAGGGUUUGAUCGCGGACGUGGUGGCGCACGAGGUGCAAGGCCGAGAGGCGAGCGUGGAGGUCGGGGAAGAGGUCAGCUAAGAGGCGAAGGACGAGGCCGUGGGUUCGGUCGCGUUUUGCCCAAUGAGGAUCACAUUCCGCCUCCAGCCAUAUACAGUGACCAGGAGUUCCCUUCCUUGAAAUAAAUUUCCAAAACACAAGUGAAGCAGAUUUUUGGAUUAGAAGUAUCUCCCUUGUCAACAUUUGGUUCCCUGAAG